AUGGACACCACCUCCACCCACAUGCAGCAAGGAAUCCUGGGUAACGACAGUCUCAGCCUCCACCUCGACCGGCCGGGGUUCCACUCUGACAUCACCAAGCAUGUAGGAGUCCAGGCUGCUUUGAUCACAGCGUAUAGUCUGAUCAUCCUACUGGGUCUAGUAGGCAACGCCCUUGUCAUCUACAUGAUCAUCCGCUUCCGGAACAUGAGGACAGUCACUAACUUCUUCAUAGCUAACCUGGCCCUGGCCGACCUGUUGGUGGAUACGUUGUGUUUACCGUUCACACUGGUUUAUACCUUGCUCGACGAGUGGAAGUUCGGCGCGGUGCUGUGUCACAUGGUCCCGUUUGCCCAGGCGCUGAGCGUGCACGUAUCGAUCCUGACGCUGACCGUCAUCGCUCUGGAGCGCUACAGGUGUAUCGUGUUCCACCUGGGCCAGCGCCUCACCUGGCGAAGCAGCCUGCUCAUCAUGGCUCUCACCUGGACGCUGUCCGCCGUGCUGGCCGGCCCGCUCGCCAUCUUCAGAGAGUACCGUCAGGAGGAGAUCCCGUCCAUCAACCUGAGGAUCUCAGUCUGCUAUGAGAAGUGGCCUUACGGCAGCAGCAGAGACGGGGUAAUUUACAGCCUGUCUAUGUUACUGCUGCAGUACGUGCUGCCACUGUCCAUCAUCAGUUAUGCCUACAUCUGCAUCUGGGUGAAGCUGAAGAACCACGUGAGUCCAGCGAGCCGCAUCGACGCCAUCCAGCGCAGGAAGAAGACCACCAAGAUGCUGGUUAUGGUGGUUGUCGUCUUCGCCACAUGCUGGCUACCCUUCCACGUAUUUCAACUAGCCAGUGACCUCGACCUGGUGCUCAGCUUAAGACAAUACAAGCUCAUCUAUACACUCUUCCACAUGGUAGCCAUGUGCUCCACCUUCGCCAACCCGCUCCUGUACGGCUGGAUGAAUAAGAACUACAGGAAUGGGUUCCUCAUGGUGUUCAGGUGUGAGGCUAAACCAGACAGUAUUCACCCUGAGGGAUCCUUCAGGACCCGGUCACUAAGGAGGAUGUCUCUGAAUGGAGGACACCCUCCUACGGCCGUCUGA